CUGGCUGCCGCAGCUUUCGACGGGUUGGUUCAGGAUACUGCAGUUGGCAGACCUACUUCCUCGGGCGCGCUGGAUUGGAUCUCCCAGAAUAUCACUGCUGAGCACAUCCAGAUGCAGAAAAGGAAUACCGCACAGUGGCGACAGCGUUUCGCGAGCGGGAGCAACGAAGCGUGGAAAGCGGCGACCCCGCUCUUCAAGGGGGGCCAACCAGCGCCAGCCCAUGCUGCAGCAUAUAUGCACGAACAAUGGGCCAAGCACUGGAAGCCAGAGAACUACGACAACACGGGCUACGUCGCCGCCUGGAGGCAGCAUUUCCCGAAGUCUACACGCCCACAGGACUGGAUGCCGUCGCUCGACAUCUUCGCGGCUGCAGCCCGCCAAGCUAAACAUUGCCCAGUGCUCGACGGCUGGACAAGUCAUGAGUUGCAGGCGCUGGAGAAGAUCUACCCCGCCGUCAUCGAGGAGUUGUACGAGCUGCGGGCCUCCGCGGACAUGGGCGCUGCCUAUCGCGACGCCGCCACCAAGACGCUUCGCAAGGUCAUUGUGCAGAGCUCUGUGGAGAACGAGCUCAAACUGGUGUGCUUUGGUCGCUACUGGGCACAUAAUAUCUUGUUACAUCCUGAGCACUCCGCAGCUAUUCUGGGAUUUCAAAAUUUGAUUGAUGAGAGAUUGGUUUGGGGUGACUUCCUGGGCACCGCGCUCUCAGAGUACGCGCGGGCAUUGGGGCGAUCCCUUGUCCGAUAUUCGCCCACGCCGGGCGCAGUUCUACAAGUUGACUCGCACGGCGGUUUCAGGAUCCGCGAUGCAGUCGAGCAGCUCGCGGGCGACGACUGGCGGUUCACCCCCAACCGCAAAGCCGCCCAGCGCGCCCUCAGAGGCAUCGCCCGCAUCCGUUGUCUUCAACUAGUGGUGCGCACGAGGUUCGACGCAGAG